AUGAUUUAUCGGCCAUUAGAUUCUGUAACUAUCUUCAGUUAUGUUUUAGUUUCAGGCCCUCAACAAUGGUGGCCACCACGUGGACAGUUUAAGGUGAAAUGUCCAUAUAGGAAAGAAGACUUCAGCUUGUUCAGAGUAACAGUGAACCCCUGUAUUGGUAUCUAUCAGCCGAUCUGUGGCACCAAUAUGGUGACUUAGGACAAUCCCUGUACCUUGUGCAUUGACAGCCUGAAAUCUCAUGGGAAAGUUAGGUUUCUACAUGAUGGAGCAUGCUAG